UCAGCGAGGGAGCGACAGGGGAGGAGAGGUGUGCGUGUGUGUGUGGGGGUGUGUGUGUGUGAAGGAAAAGUGGCAGGGUUUGGUUUUCAGAAAGACACAGACGGAUAAACCUGAUCAAGUUCUCCGAGGCGCGCCGCCGACACCAAGAGGCUCUCCCUCACCCGUCGCCUUGGUGAAGUUUUUGCUCAAAUGAAAACAAGACUCGGAUAACAUUUUCAAAACACAACAGAGAAUCAAAAAAACGCUAUGCCGCUGUUUGUUCGCCGACAGCAGCCUGCGAUAUUAUUUAGAGCCUGCUGACCGUGAGCGCCGCGUUGGAGAAAACCGGUUUUCACUGGGACCCUGCCGCCGCUUUUGUGUGUAUGUGUGUGUGUGUGUGUGAGUGUGUGUGUGUGUGUGAAUGGUGGGCUGUUUUUCCUGUUUGACAGGCCCAAUUGUCAAAGAGAAGUGAGCGUUACAGCUGCCCAACAGAGGCUCAUCGUUAGCUCACCUGCUCAGAUGGACUUAAGAUAACACAAUCAUCAGUUUUACCCUCAUCCCAAACUUAAAGCAGCCCACACCCUCUGACAUUUGCCCAGAAUGGCAGACCCCUCUGGGCUGGGCUCUGAUGGGGCAGAGGCAGGCAUGGUUGAGGUCGACUCCUGCAGCUUGGAGAUUGAGCGAAAGUAUGAUGUCAUCCCUACCGUCAUCUGCUCCAUGUGUUGCCUGUUUGGCAUCAUCUACUGCUUCUUUGGUUACCGCUGUUUCAAGGCUGUCAUGUUCCUGUCAGGCCUUAUGUUUGGCUCUGUCAUCAUCUUCCUGCUGUGCCACAAGGAGCGCGUGCUGGACACCCAGCUGAGUGUGGAGGCCAGCGCGGGUAUCGGCCUCGGGAUAGGCCUCCUGUGUGGUCUCGUCACCAUGCUGGUGCGCAGCGUCGGCCUCUUCAUGACGGGCCUGCUGCUGGGCCUCCUCCUGGCUCUCGCCGCCCUGCUGGUCACUCACCAGUUCUACACUCCGACCACGGUCUGGGUCCCGCUUGGUACUCUUCUGGGAACAGGCAUGCUGUUUGCUGUGCUUACGCUGCAGUGGCAAAAGCUGUUUACCAUGCUCUCCACAGCUGUGUUCGGGGCAGCUAUCAUGACAGUGUGCGCCGACUACUUUGUGGAGAUGCUGGCGCUGGCCACGUAUGUGUAUGAGUGUUUGCGCCUGGCACCUGGGCCGGCGCUCUGUUGGUACAGCUGGGUCAUCCUGGGCAUCUGGCCCACCCUCAGCAUCAUGGGAGUGCUCAUCCAGUGGAAACUGACAGAUGACAGCUUCUCUCACACUGAGGUCAUUAUCAGCCGGAGACAGAAGAGAGUGCAACUGAUGCGGAUCAGAGAGAAGGAUGCCAAGAAGCGACAGCAGGCAGGUGGGCAGGAAGGCACGUACCGCCGUAAACCCACCCCAGUGAAACGUUACGCUGGGGACCUACUGGCACCGAGCUACCUGCAAAGUCUGCGGGACAGACAGACGGGCACAGGCACCUCCCUUAGCAGCCUGGGCACUGCCAACCACACCAUGGUCGACUUGGACUAUGAGACUGGCUCCACUGUGCCUCUCACAGCCACCACACCAGUCAUCAGGGUCUGACAGCCACAGAAAUCAGAAGGGAUGGGGCUGUCCGCUUCUCCGCCUCUGCCUUCCUGAAAGAUCGUACGGACUGCUCCCCUUUGGCCUCCGCCCUGCCGAGGGUUUUUAAUGUCCCUCAGGUUGAGUUGGAGGGAUAAAAUGCCUUUUAAACUAUUGCACCUCUUAUCAGUUUGUUAGUCCUGGAUGUUUCACAGAGAGCAACUUGGAGUUCAGUGGCAUGGGUUCCCUGUUGGUAUGCUGCUUUUUGGGGACAAGGGAGAGAAGAGCCCCCGUUUGAUAAACACUAUAACCACUACAUCAAUGGGUUUCUCAGAGAGAGAGAGAGAGAGAGAGAGAGAGAGAGAGAGAGAAACACUAAAAGCGGAUGAUGCUAAUAAACUACGGUCAUAAAUUUCCUUUUUUAUGUGUUAUUAAAUUAUAUAACAGCAAGUAUAUGUCUCAAAAAGCAAUGUGUGUUUUUGGCAGUGGAUAUGUCUGUGGAAACCAAUUCAUGUGACGACACCUGUGCAUCAAAAAACAAUCAGUGCCAUUAAUUGUUACUUGUUGUGAAUUUUUUUUUUGCCUUCUGUUUAGCUGUUUGUGUGUUUUUGGUCAUAGGAUUUAUGAAGGUGCGUCAUAAAAAAAGAUUUCAUUUUGUGUAUGUUUUUAGAUGAAGUAUGAAGAGGCAGGGAUACAAUACCUGACAUGUAAACAGGCACCAUAAAUAUGACAAAGAAAAUAAAAACUAAAUAAUACAAAUGAAAAAGAUUUGUAUUUUUAGGACUCCUAGCUAGAGCUUUUAACAGGAUCUUAUUAGAAACACUCUAAUGCUAUGACCUCUUUUGUAUUUGCUAUUUAGUGUUUUCAAAAUAGGUUAAAGUGACUUUUGUGUGUUGUUUUAGACAGUUGAGCAUACUCAUGGAGUAUCUGAAACUUUUGUUAUAAUUUAAUUUAUAUUACAACCAAGUACACAGUAGAGUGAUGAAAAAGGAC